AUGUAUUUACAUCUGGUGAUUUCCAUAUUGUACAUCAGCGCUCCAUAUCAUAAAUGUCAAAAUGCUACAAAAGCCAAACACACGGUGCAAAUUGGAGGAUCACUUCCAGAUGCAUCUAACAAUACUUUAACGACCAACAACCAGGCCAAUUCUGGAAGUGUAACUAUUCCUGGAUUGGUCUCAAUCGCAUCACUGAAAACCAUCAUUGCUGGAAUAAUGACAGAAACACGCCGACCUGUGGUGGUUAAUAACAUAAAAGAUUAUGUUACUGUUGAUAACAGUGAUAGGCUUUGUGCAUUUGAGAAGCACAAUUUCAGAUCUGAAUUUGGACUUGGACGUAAGCUGAAAAAUGAGAUCGUUGGAGCAUUGAAUAAAUUUAGAAAAGAAGCCAAAGGUGGAAAUAUGAAUUGUCUGUUAUGGAGUGAAAAACUUGCCUCUAAAGCUUCUAUUAAAGCUAAGACCUGUACUUAUGAUCAUAAAAAUAAAGCUUCUGUUAUGGCCAUGGUUUUUGAAAAAGAACUAGGUGAUAGUUUGGCAGAGUUGGCUGUGAGACGAUGGAGAGAGGAAAAAACCAUCUUCUCCUAUGGAAUAGAAUGCCGUGAUAUCGGGGGCUGUCAAUUCCAACAGAUUGUUUGGGCAAAUUCUAAAGAAGUUGGAUGUGCUGCUGAAAGAUGUGCCGAUAUGACGUAUUUGGUGUGUUUUUUUGAUCCUCCAGGAAAUGUAAGAGAUGAACUACCCUAUCUUACUGGUGAACCAUGUACAAAAUGUUCAGCACCCCAAGGUUCAACUCCAAGAUGUAAUAAAGAUAAACUCUGUGAAUGGUAA